ACUAUUUACCCGCUCUAUAAUCCCCUCCAAAAUAGGGAGCAGAAAGGCCGAUCACCCUUUCUCUCUCUCUCUCUCUCUUUCUCUAAGCCUACGAAAGGUCGCUACCAUGUAGAGAUUUUUCUUUUCUAGGGUUUUUAGGUGGACGAUUGAUCUGCUUCGAGGGUUUUGGAAACCCUAGCUGUAUUAUCUCCUGAAUCGUACUAGAAGCUGUGCUUGUUAUGAGGAAAUGGCGGUGCUGCUACCGGAAUCGCUGCCGCUGGGGUUCCGGUUCCGUCCGACGGACGAGGAGCUCGUGAACCACUACCUUAAGGGAAAGAUCAAUGGCAGGAUCAACUCCGAGGUCGUCGUCAUCCCCGAUGUCGACGUCUGCAAGUGCGAGCCCUGGGACCUCCCCGAUAAGUCGGUGAUCAGAUCGGAUGACCCGGAGUGGUUCUUCUUCUCGCCGAGGGACCGGAAGUAUCCCACCGGGCACCGGGCCAACCGGGCGACGGAGGCUGGGUACUGGAAGGCCACCGGCAGGGACCGGAUGAUCAAGACCAAGCCGCCGGGCGCGAUCCUUAUCGGCAUGAAGAAGACCCUCGUCUUCUACCGCGGCCGGGCGCCGCAUGGCGUCCGCACCAAUUGGAUCAUGCACGAGUAUCGCACAUCCGAGUCUGAGUUCGACUCCGGUGAACAGGGUAGCUUUGUUCUUUGCCGCUUAUUCAAGAAGCCAGAAGACAAGAGUGCAAGUUCUAAUGUUGAUGGAGUAGAGAGAAAUGUUGGUAAGAUGGAGUCAAGUUGCUUAUCUCCUACUCCAGUUAGGCCUGCACCUGGUGAAACCCAGCAUGGAACAGGUACCUUGCAAGAAUUUCAUCUGAUCCAAGAGCUUCCAGAGCCAGAUAUGCAAGAAAAUUUGCAGACGUUGGUCAACACUUCUGACACACAAUCUACAGGCAUUGAAAGUUGGUUGGCAAAGGGAGGAGAUUGUGCAAUGACAUAUGCUUUAGGACCUGAAGAGAGCCAUUUCAAUGGAAAUGGAGCUCCUGUCAUAAGUAAUCAUGCGGCUGACAUAAGUGCAGAGGUUGCUUCUCAAUUCUUGGGCCCAGAAUAUGAGCAACUUGAUUUGGAUGAUUUUCCCCACGUCAGUUCCCAAAUGCCACUUUCCAAGGAAUAUUCCAUCUGUGACAUAGUUGACCAGGGAUUACAUGAGGAUAUGUUUCAAAUUUGUUCUCUUGAGGUCUCUGUCAGUGAUUUCUUGGACGAGUUGCUCAGUAACCAGGAUGGAGAUUCCAUUGAGGUGUCAGAUACUCACAGAGGUUCAGUCCCCAGAGUUGCGUCGGAUGGUUAUAUUUGUAUGAUAGAAAAAGUUUCUCCUUCGGAUUCUGCAUCAGGCAACGAGAGUGGGUCAGGCAGUGAUGCUGAUACUGUAGCUGCAAUUAUACAGGAUGGCCUAGAAUUUGAUGCUGGUGCAUGUUUCUCUGAGUCAGCCUCCCUGCCAAGUGGUUCUUCAGAUAUAGAUAACGAUAAUGCAUAUCCUGUAACAACAGUCAACCAGGUCAACCUGCUUCUGGAAGAAGCAAAGGCAGGUCUACAUUUAAGGAAUCAGAGUUUGAGGCAGCAUGUUUCUUCAAUGGGCUCUGCUGCAAAUUUCUGGGAUCAGGAAUCAACCAGGAAGCUGGAGUUCAUCAAAGAUGGACUCUCCAAUAGUUUGUUUAAUGAUACGGAGAGGCCAACCUGUCAGGCCAGUACCAGUGGGACAGGAAUUGAGAUCAGGACUCGUCAGCAUCUGCCAGCCUUGGAUAAAUUAAUGGCAGAGCAGGGCUUAGCAUUUAGAAGGUUGCUCUUGCAAAGGAUAAUUCAUACAGGAUCAAUGUCCAGCACAGAAAGUGAACUAAGCAGUAAGACAGAUGACAAUGAGACAGAUAGCGAAUUGAGCAGUAAGAAAGAUGAGAAUGAGGUCGAAUCAGUGAUAACCGAGCAGGCUGGAGAAUGUGCUGAGCACCAGAUUCCUGAAGAUACAGAAGUUGCAGGGUCUAUCUUUCUUGAUGAUGUUGACGGCACCUGUGAUCAUGAUGAUACAGCCUCUACUGAGGCAAGGAUCGUCUCUUCAGAGAUCUCCUGUGAAUCUAAAUCUGUGCUGAGGCAAAGAACAAGAGGUACUCAUGAGAAUCCUGAUAAGCUCGAAGGCCUGUCUCUGCACUCAGAGACACCUGGUACUGGUUCAGUCUCUGUUACUAGAAUGAUUGUGGUUCUAUUGGCAGUCCUGCUAAUCUGUGUUGUGAUAAGUCGGUAUUUAAGCUCUUGACAUGCUUACAAAACAAGUCCUAGUGUAUGUAGUGCGCAGCAGCUUCACAGCCUCAAUAAAGCUGUGUAAAUUUCUGGUUCUGUUGUUAAAUGUUUGUGCAAGUUAGUAGCCCUCACUAGUUUUGACUAGUUCCCACUAAAGUGCGCUUCUGUUUAAAGGCAAACGUUGUUUGAGCCCAGUAGGCAAUUUGUUGCUUUGAGUCAUGGGGAUGGUGGAAGAAGGGAUCAGUUGUUUAUUUAAAUAAAUAAAAAUUAUGACACCGAAACUGUCAGUGGAGCUUUUAGUA